GUCUGGGCCGCGGGGCUCGGGCCUAUCGGGGUGGGCGGGGCGGAGUCGGGUCGCUAGUUGUCCCGGGGUCCUCCCCACACGCCGCGGGGCCUUGGAGGACUCAGCGGGGCGGCCUCUGGCCCGGCAGCGGCGGCGGAACCUAGUGCCGAGCGGGGGGCCUUCUCAAGGCCCCGGGACGCGUCUGUGGGUUCCGGGGGGCAUCUACGGGGCGUCCCCGUGAGGACUGGGGACGUCCACCGGGCUGGACCGGGACUGGAGCCUGCUCUCCAUCACUUCGCUGGCCUGGGUCAUUUCUAUAGGCACUGUUGAUCGUCUUUAUGGGCUGACCCGAGGUUAGGGUCUGUUUAUAGGGUUCUGGGGCCAUCUUGAGAUCUUGAGAUAUGUCCCAGGGUGAAGGAGGUCUGCAAGAGCUGAGGAGUAUCUGCAGAGCCAUCUGUAGCACCCGGGGUGACCAUGGAGGAAGAAGAUGAAUCUCGAGGGAAGACAGAGGAGUCGGGCGAGGAUCGGGGGGAUGGUCCGCCGGACAGAGACCCCACGCUUUCUCCUUCUGCCUUUAUCCUGCGGGCCAUUCAGCAGGCUGUGGGAAGUUCCCUGCAGGGGGAUCUGCCAAAUGAUAAAGAUGGCUCCCGGUGUCAUGGCCUUCGAUGGAGGCGCUGCCGGAGCCCACGGUCAGAGCCCCGUUCCCAGGAGUCAGGGGGGGCCGACACAGCUACUGUGUUGGACAUGGCCGCCGACAGCUUCCUCACGGGGCUGGUGAGUGUUCUGGAUCCCCCAGAUACCUGGGUUCCCAGCCACCUGGACCUGCGGCCCGGCGAAAGCGAGGACAUGCUGGAGCUGGUGGCCGAGGUCCGAAUCGGGGACAGGGAUCCGAUUCCUCUGCCCGUGCCUAGCCUGCUGCCCCGUCUCAGGGCCUGGAGGACAGGCAAAACGGUUUCUCCACAGCCCCACUCUUCUCGACCCUCCUGUGCCCGCCACCUCCUCACCUUGGGCACGGGAGACGGGGGCCCCGCCCCGCCCCCUGCCCCCUCCUCUGCGUCCUCCUCACCCUCCCCUUCUCCUUCAUCCUCCUCCCCUUCCCCUCCCCCACCUCCCCCACCCCCAGCACCCCCGGCUCCACCUGCCCCCCGAUUCGACAUCUAUGACCCCUUCCACCCCACCGACGAGGCCUACUCCCCGCCACCUGCUCCGGAGCAGAAGUACGACCCCUUCGAGCCCACUGGCUCGAACCCCAGCUCAUCAGCGGGGACCCCCUCUCCUGAGGAAGAGGAGGAGGAGGAGGAGGAAGAGGAGGAGGAAGAGGAAGAAGAGGAAGAAGAGGAAGAGGAAGGCUUGUCUCAGAGCAUCAGUCGCAUCUCGGAGACCCUGGCGGGCAUCUAUGAUGACAACAGCCUGAGCCAGGACUUCCCAGGUGACGAGAGCCCCCGCCCGGACCCCCAGCCCCCACAGCCAACGCCAGCCCCUGGGACGCCGCCCCAGGUGGACUCCACCCGGGUGGACGGAGCCACCCGCCGGCGUGUCUUCGUGGUGGGGACCGAGGCGGAGGCCUGUCGGGAAGGCAAGGUCUCGGUGGAGGUGGUGACAGCCGGUGGAGCCGCCAUGCCGCCAACCCUGCUGCCGCCGGGCGACUCAGAGAUUGAGGAGGGCGAGAUCGUCCAGCCUGAGGAGGAGCCCAGGGUCGCGGUGUCCCUCUUUCGGGCCGGCGGUGGCGGCGGUGGCGGCGGCGGUGGCGGCGGCGGCGGCGGCGGCCGGGCGGCCCGCCCCCCUCCUGCCGUUGUGGCACCCCCCGCGGCCCAGCCCCCGCCCCCGCCGCCCGCUGCCCGGGCCCCUGAGGGGGACGACUUCUUGUCUCUGCACGCUGAGUCAGACGGCGAGGGCGCCCUGCAGGUGGACCUAGGCGAGCCGGCCCCGGCCCCGCCGGCCGCCGACACGCGCUGGGGCGGCCUGGACCUGCGCCGCAAGAUCCUGACCCAGCGGCGGGAGCGCUACCGCCAGCGCUCGCCCUCCCCGGCCGUCGCCGCCGCCGCCGCCGCCGCCGCCGCCGCCGCAGCCGCCGCUGCCGCCGCCGCCGCCGCCGCCCCCGCGGGGCCCCCCACCCGCAAGAAGUCGAGGCGGGAGCGCAAGCGGAGCGGCGGCGAGGCCAAGGAGGCCGCCUCGUCCUCGUCGGGCGCGCCGUCGGCCCCACCGGCCCCGGCCUCCCCCUGGGACUCCAAGAAGCACCGCUCCCGGGACCGCAAGCCGGGCUCGCACGCCUCGGCGUCCGCCCGCCGCCGCUCGCGGUCCCGCUCGGCCCGCCGCCGCUCUCGCAGCGCCGACCGCCGCCGCGGGGGCAGCCGCAGGUCCCGGUCCCGGGAGAAGCGGCGGCGGCGGCGGCGCUCGGCCUCCCCGCCCCCCGCCACCUCCUCCUCGUCGUCGUCCAGGCGCGAGCGGCACCGCGGCAAGCACCGAGAUGGCGGCGGCAGCAAGAAGAAGAAGAAGCGGUCGCGGUCCCGGGGAGAGAAGCGGUCCGGGGACAGCGAGAAGGCCCCGGUGCCCACCCAGCCGCCCUCCGGCUCCAGCUCCUUGGGUGGAGAGCGCGACAGCCGCCGCCGGGGGGCCGUGCCACCUUCCAUCCAGGACCUCACGGACCACGAUCUCUUCGCCAUCAAGCGGACCAUCACCGUGGGCCGGCCUGACAAGUCCGACCCCCGAGGCCCCUCCCCGGCCCCGGCCUCGUCGCCCAAGCGCGAGGUUCUGUACGACUCCGAGGGACUGAGCGCCGAGGAGCGGGGCGGCAAGAGCAGCGAGAAGGACCGGCGCCGCUCGGGGGCUGCUUCCUCCUCCUCUUCCUCCCGGGAGAAGGGAUCACGGCGGAAGGCGCUGGAUGGGGGGGAUCGGGACCGGGACAGGGACAGGGACAGGGACAGGUCAUCCAAGAAGGCUCGGCCUCCCAAGGAGUCGGCGCCCUCCUCGGGGCCCCCGCCGAAGCCACCGGUCAGCAGUGGCUCGGGCUCCUCCUCCUCCUCGUGCUCGUCUUCCUCCCGGAAGGUGAAGCUGCAGUCCAAGGUGGCGGUGCUGAUCCGCGAAGGCGUUAGCAGUACCACGCCAGCCAAGGAGGCGGCGUCGGCCGGCCUGGGCUCCAUCGGGGUCAAGUUCAGCCGCGACCGGGAGAGCCGCUCCCCCUUCCUCAAGCCCGAUGAGCGGGCCCCUGCAGAAGUGGCCAAAGCAGCUCCGGGCAGCACCAAGCCCAAAAAGACCAAGGUCAAGGCCAAGGCCGGGGCCAAGAAAGCCAAGGGGACCAAGGGAAAGACCAAGCCAUCCAAGACCAGGAAAAAGAUCCGCGGCGGGGGCAGCGGUGGGGGCGGCGGCGGCCCUGUGACGCUGAAGAAGUCCAAGGCGGACAGCUGCAGCCAGGCGGCGGGGGCCAAGGGGGUGGAGGAGACGUCCUGGUCCGGGGAAGAGCGGGCAGCCAAGGCCCCCAGCACCCCGCCCCCUAAGGCAGCCCCUCCGCCCCCCGCGCUCACGCCGGACUCGCAGACCGUGGAUAGCAGCUGCAAGACACCCGAGGUCUCCUUCCUUCCCGAAGAGGCCACCGAGGAGGCUGGGGUCCGAGGCGGGGCAGAGGAGGAGGAGGAGGAGGAGGAAGAGGAGGAGGAGGAGGAGGAGGAGGAGGAGCAGCAGCCCGCCACCACCACAGCCACCAGCACGGCCGCAGCCGCCCCAAGCACUGCCCCUAGCGCGGGGUCCACAGCCGGUGACUCGGGGGCAGAAGACGGGCCGGCCACCCGUGUCUCCCAGCUGCCCACGCUGCCCCCGCCCAUGCCCUGGAACCUGCCUGCCGGUGUGGACUGCACCACCAGCGGCGUCCUGGCCUUGACUGCGCUUCUCUUCAAGAUGGAAGAAGCCAAUCUGGCGAGCCGAGCAAAGGCCCAGGAGCUGAUCCAGGCCACCAACCAGAUCCUCAGCCACCGAAAGCCACCCUCUAGUCUGGGGGUGACACCAACUCCUGUGCCCACGUCUCUGGGUCUGCCCCCUGGCCCCUCCAGCUACCUGCUCCCUGGCAGCCUCCCCCUGGGGGGCUGCGGCUCAACCCCUCCCACCCCCACUGGGCUGGCUGCAGCAUCCGACAAGCGAGAGGGCAGCAGCAGCUCCGAGGGCCGUGGGGACACAGACAAGUAUUUGAAGAAGCUGCACACACAGGAGCGGGCGGUGGAGGAGGUGAAACUGGCCAUCAAGCCGUACUAUCAGAAGAAGGACAUCACCAAGGAGGAGUACAAGGACAUCCUGAGGAAGGCUGUCCACAAGAUCUGCCACAGCAAAAGCGGGGAGAUCAACCCAGUGAAGGUGAGCAACUUGGUGCGGGCCUACGUCCAACGCUACCGCUACUUUCGCAAGCACGGCCGCAAGCCAGGCGACCCCCCAGGGCCCCCACGACCGCCCAAGGAGCCCGGGCCCCCUGACAAGGGUGGCCCAGGCCUGCCCUUGCCCCCUCUCUGAGACCCUCAGCCACCCCUUCCCUUCUUCGCCUCUUUGGAAUUCUGGACGUAUUUAUGGCUCCACCUCCCCACUUCCCUCCCCCCAUCAGUGGGAUGAUUGGGGGAGGGUUGCUGCAGGGAAGAGGAGAGCCCCCUGCCCUGCCGCGCCCUGUGCCCCGUGCCCCCAAGCCUGUCCCCAUUGCCCCUCCCUUCUGUUUGUGCCCCUCCCCCAAUUUCAUUAAAGAUUUCAUGAAAUGUUAGCCC